AUGAACAAUCUCGAAAUUUACGAAUCAUUUAAUGCCAAUUCACGCAAAUUCGAAAUAAUAUAUGGCGCUGAUAAGGUAGAAGGUGAUGUUGAUAAGUUAUUAGUAUUAGACUCGUCAUUCAAUCCUCCGCAUUGGGGACAUUAUACGUUAAUAAAGAAAGCCUUAAAUUAUUACCGUAAGAGGCAAAAUGACCUCCGCAUCCAUGUUCUAUUAUUAUUAUCCAUAAAUAAUGCUGAUAAGGGGACCAAACCUGCCAGUUUUGAUAGAAGAAUGGACAUGAUGUGUUUAAUGAGCAAUCUAUUGAAGGAGCAAGAAAAUGUUAAUGUAUCAGUGGGUAUUACCAUAUUUGGUAAAUUUGUUGAUAAGGAUAAAGUAAUUAUGGAAAGAUUUAUUAGCAAUGGCUCUUGUAACGCUGUAUAUCUUGUUGGAUUUGAUACUGUUGUUAGAAUCUUUGAUCCCAAAUAUUAUACGCCGUUAUUGUUGAAGGAUGCCUUGCACACCUUCAUGCAAAGAGCUGAGUUUUGUUGUUUGACCAGAGAUGGUGAAGUGAACGUUGAAUCACAAUUACAAUUCCCGAUUGAUAUUCUUGAUGGUGCAUAUGAACCUGAACUUCCAAAAGAUUGGGGGUCGAAAAUCCAUAUUUUAUCGAACGAUGAUAAAUAUUCAUCAGUUUCCUCAUCUACGGCUAGAAAAGAAAUACUUGAUGGAACAUCCAUUGAAUCAUUAGAGGGACAAGUACCAAAAUGUAUUCUUGAAUACAUUUUCAAGCAAGAAGAAAAGAUAUUUUAA